AUGGCAUAUGUUUGUUCUUCCUGCAAAUAUUUGAGUUUAUUUCUUUAUUUUGGGUUCAUCAGGGCCGACUUCCCAGCUCUGGUGGUGAAGGCCAGCGGUCUGGCAGCGGGGAAGGGAGUCAUUGUGGCCCGAGAUCAAGACGAGGCCUGUCGGGCUGUGAUGGACAUUAUGAAGGACCGAGCGUUUGGAUCUGCAGGGGAGGAGGUGGUGGUGGAGGAGCUUCUGGAGGGAGAGGAGGUGUCUUGCCUGUGCUUCAGUGACGGCCACUCGGUGGCGCCGAUGCCUCCAGCACAGGAUCACAAGCGGCUCCAGGAUGGUGAUCAGGGGCCAAACACCGGCGGUAUGGGAGCCUACUGCCCCACCCCACAGGUGAGUCAGGAGCUGCUGCAGCAGAUCAGAGAGUCGGUUCUUCAGAAGACUGUGGACGGGAUGAGGGAGGAGGGAACUCCUUAUGUGGGUGUGCUGUAUGCAGGGCUGAUGCUGACCAAUCAGGGACCAAAGGUUCUGGAGUUCAACUGUCGCUUUGGAGAUCCAGAGUGUCAGGUGCUGCUGCCGCUGCUGCAGAGCGACCUGUACGAGGCCAUCCUGAACACCAUGAGUGGUAAACUGGCCUCCAGCGCCCCCGUGUGGCACCAGGACAGCUCUGCAGUUACUGUGGUGAUGGCCAGCGCCGGUUACUCCGGUUCCUACCAGAAAGGAGUCCAGAUCACAGGGUGUAGUGCAGAGCUCGGGGGCUUUGCUGGGCUGUUUGACCUGAAGGCUGCAGGAUUUGGGACAGAUGGAGUUGGGACCAAGCUGAAGAUCGUCCAGGCCUGCAGGCAGCUUGACGGUCUUGGUCAGGACCUGGUGGCCAUGUGUGUGAACGAUGUUCUCGCUCAGGCUGUCGAGCCGCUCUUCUUCCUCCGUGACUUUACCUGCAUCAGGCUGGACAUCGAUGUAGCCGCCUCAGUGGUCAGCGGCAUCGCAAAGGCCUGUGAGAAGGCUGGAUGUGCUCUGCUGGCUCUGCUUUCAGGGGAGGUUUUUCUGACUCCAACAAAGAUCAACAGUCGCCUGCUCCUGCUCAGGAUCCUGUGGAUCUGUCAAAGCCUUCGCUCACAUCACUGGUGGGGUGCUUCUGGAGAACAUCCCCCGGGUGAUGCCCCAGGAACUGCCGGUGGAUUUAGGUGAGAUGAAAACACUUAA